UGCUUUGAUCUGGGAAACAAAGUCAGCUUUGAUGGUGGGAUGCUACUGUGCUCUUCCUUUCUUCUCCAUUUUCCUCUUGUGAGAUCAAACAAAAGAGAUUGUUGAAGUGAAGGUGCGAUUCUUCAGGGAUGAUGAGAGAAGGGGAAACGCCGCCCACUGGCGGCGACUCAAUUCCGAUGAAGACCGGAGGGGAAGACCACAGUAUAGAAGAGAAUCUCUGGGUUAUGGGAAUCGACGGCCGUGGUACUCUAAAUAUUAUCGUCCCAAGUUUCAUCAUCCAGCUCACACACAGCGAAGGUGGAGGAGACAGAGCUCAGGGCCUUUCAGUAAUGAAGCCGGUCAGAUUUCUUUAUCAAUUGAAAGCAAAGAUUUUGUGGUCUCAGAAGACGGGUAGUGCAUCAGUAUUUCCGAAUGAAAAUCAGGAUUUGGAGAGUAACCAACUGCCACUUCUAAAUGGAACUACUAGAAUUUCCGGGAAUGUUAAAAUAGACAGGGAUGAUGGAUGGAGAUGCGCCCAAAGUGAGAGGCUUUAUGGUAGAGAAGUGGAAGGACAGAAGGAAUCUGCGAAUAAGGCUUUCAUGGAUUCAGCACUGAAAUUGGAGUUGGAAAGAACUCAAACACAUUCCACAGAUGUAGAAAUAGACCAGGAGAGUAUGAAGCAGUUUGAUCAAGUAAUUAAGGACAACCUCAACCUCUUCCGGAAAUCCAUGGCUAACACAAAGUUCUUACAUGCUCUAAACAAGGGACAAAUACUCAGUUACUCAGGGGAAGUCAUUCGGGUUACUAGAGAGACAAUGAAAAGCUUUGAAUACAUAGAUGCGGCAGUAGUUCAAGGAGCUAAGUACCCGGUCUACCUUGCUUAUGCCAAUGAGGAUAUGGUUGCUGUUCUCAAUCAUAUAUGCGGAAUGCAGGAAUGACUCACUCUCAAUCUGGGCAAGGAUUCAAUCUGGGUUUACUUGGUUCUUUUCCAGUUUUUAGUCUUUGUUUAUUCAUCUUAUUUCAGUUCGGGGUUCUUUUGAUUGCCUAAACCCUACUGUUUGGGCUAUAGAAUAACCUAUAGGCUCUUUA